GCCCACUCGACUCGCUGCUGUACUGUAAUCAUAUGAUAGCGAGCAGAUCCCCGCUGCAGAAUACCGAUACACCGGGCGGACACAAGCGGAGGAGCCGCGGCGGACCAGACUAGUUGAUGGUAAACUUGUAGCUGCAGGACAAGUGCGUGGAGUCGGGCAAAGUGUCAAACCGAGCUAAACUCCCCCCCAAACAGGAACUUUUUCAAACUCUGGAGAGAGUCGGGCAGAGGGGGGAACCGUUUGGAAGAAGAUAGGACUCACAUACGAGACGUUAAACGAGGGACAGUCGAUUUAACCGGAGCUGAGAGUUGAGUUUUCUCACUAGGUGGAGAAGCGGUCAGCGGGUCGCCUUCGGCGGAGUCCUCUGGGAUCCUCGCAGCGCUUUUCGGGGCGUGUUUUUCUUAAAAAAAAAAAAAAAAAAGAAGAAGAAAAGAAAGAAAAUCCCUUUAUCAAGUUUUCCUGCUCGCUAGGUCACUUUAUUGCUAAAUCGAAAGCCAUGGUUGGGGAGACAGAGGUGAAGGAGAGACCCAAGUCCAACCCGGACUAUCUAAUGCAGCUGAUGAACGACCGGAAGGUGAUGAGCUCCCUGCCCAACUUCAGCGGCAUCUUCACGCAUCUGGAGCGGCUGCUGGAUGAAGAAAUCGGCAGGGUACGCAAAGACAUGUACAACGACACGCUGAAUGGCGGCAUGUUCAACGGGCGGGACAUGGAGGAGCUUCCCGAAGCUGUCGGCCCAGUGGCUCAGCUGCAGGAGAAGCUCUACGUGCCUGUCAAAGAGUACCCAGACUUCAACUUCGUCGGGAGGAUCCUGGGCCCACGUGGACUGACAGCCAAGCAACUGGAAGCAGAGACAGGCUGCAAGAUAAUGGUGCGGGGAAAGGGCUCCAUGAGAGACAAGAAGAAGGAGGAGAUGAACCGAGGGAAGCCCAACUGGGAGCACCUCAGCGAGGACCUCCACGUCCUGAUCACAGUGGAGGACACACACAACCGCGCCAAGAUCAAACUCCAGCGGGCCAUCAAUGAGGUCAAGAAACUUCUCGUGCCCGCUGCUGAGGGGGAGGACAACCUGAAGAAAAUGCAGCUGAUGGAGCUGGCCAUUCUCAAUGGGACCUACAGAGACGCCAAUGUCAAGACUCCCACCGCCGCCUUUCCUCUAGCGACCCCUCAGGCACCUCGGAUCAUCACAGGCCCGACGCCCGUCCUGCCUCCCACCCUACGCAACCCCGCCCCUGUCACCACACCUACCAUCAUGCCUCUGAUCCGUCAGAUCCAGAGUUCCACUCUCGUGCCGGGAGCCAAUCCUCAUCCGGCACUGGUGCAGCAAGGGCCCGAAUCCGGAAUCAUCUACACACCCUACGAGUAUCCCUACACACUCACGCCCUCCAUAUUGGAAUACCCGAUUGACUCAACUGGAGUAUUAGGUAUGGCUUUCCCAACCAAAGGCUAAGCGAUAGCAACCCUUCCUAUCCUAGCACACACACGGACUGGCUUGCAGAGACCCCCCCUCCCCUCCCCCAAUCCUCCUUUACACUUAUCCCACAGAGCAAACACUCAAAGUUUGCUUAUACUUUAGGAUGACAGAUUCCUCCACAGUCAUUAUGUAGUCAAGUGUCCAUUCCUGUUAAUUUCCUCUUUGUAUUAGCACACUAGUGUUGUGGUGUGACAGCUAUUUAACUUUUUUUAAUAGUUCAGCUUCUGCUUGUAAUUUUUAACACAUUUUAGUGAACCCAUAGCUAUUUUAGAGCUGCUGUUUGUGAUUUAACCUAUGUUAAAGCUUAUUUUGAUCACAGAGCUAUAGAGUGACUUUGCUUACGGCUGACGUUGAAUCUACUAGUGAAGCUUAAUGAGAAAUUAGCGGUUUGGUUUAAUAUUUUCUUUAGAGGACAGAAGACCACAAAACAACAAAAAUUCUGUCUCUUAGAAGCGAGAUGUUUUUACUUAUUUUCACCCUCAGCCUUGAACACUUUGUAAAUUCCUGGUUUCACUGAUGUUGGUGCCAUGGGUGGACUGUCUUUCUGAUGAGUAACCUUCUGUGUUCUGUUUUGGCGAUGCCAAUGGCUGUUAGCAGGUGCCAUGACCACUAAGGUACGACGCCACGACAAGAGAAUCCAUCCUUACCAAAGGGUAGUGACCACAGACAGAGGUUAGUUAGCUCACCAGCCACUUUAUGUGUAUGUGUAUCUGUAUGUGUGUGUGUGUGUGUUAGCGUGUGUGCAUGCAGACCAAUGGACCAAUUUCAGUUUACAUGUGUCUGAAAUACGGCAUGCCUAAAUAAGAAGUAAGUGUAUCAGGCGCAAAGGUCACAGUGUGAAACAGUAUUUGUUGCAGUGAAAGUGAAAUAAGUGAGCAGAUUGGGAGGAACCAUGUUAGGGGUGACAGCUGCAGCGGUUAUCUGUGCUCGCCUGUUAACUUAAACUGGACGGCUCUCAGGCCGGGACCCUCUCAAUUAGAAUGGAUCGCUCCAUUCAUGUGACUCGGUCCUUGUGACUCUGGAUUUGGAGUCCUCUCUCAGAAACUUUUUUUUUUUUUGUUGUUGUUUAUCUCUUCAGUACUACUUUUGACCCUACAAAUACUGUGGGAAGUAUAUUUAUACCCAAUUUCAUUCCACUAGAUUUCACAGGUAUUUUUUUUUAUUACUGAUUAAAUCCUGUGUUAUGCCCAUUUGCUACAUGACACUUAAACAGAUUGUCUUUUUCUAAAGAUCUUUCAAUUCAUGGUGAUCUUUAGUUUUUAACUACUAAAACACAGCGUGUGAUAACUACUGAAGUCUGUGUUACAAGCUCUUUUGUACGAAAUACUGUUGUUUGUGGUCUUAUCAGUCGCCCACUGGACUUUAUCAUUGGGGCUGUUUACAUCUUUCAUUUAUUUCCUAGCCAGAGUGGUGCUGUUACCAUGUAUUUAGCUGCAAAAUAAAUUUGUAUAUAGGGAUUUUAAGGAUUUAAGUGCUUAUAUAAAGCUUAUGGAACAAGAUCGCUUGGAAAUACUUGUAGUUUCUUUUGUUUGUUUGUUUUUAGUUUGUAAAUUUUUAUUUUUGUUUUUAUGGUAUGCUUUUUAUAGAUGAAGUGUCUCCAUGUAAAACUUUAUUCAAAGUGUGUAGCUACUACUGUUUUAGUCACCGUGAAGGUGGCAAUGAAGGCAGUGUUUUGCUCUGUGUAUUUAAGAUGAGGUGAUCUUCUCGAUUCACAGGCCUCGUGACUGUUUUAUGCAAUAGAAAUGGACUAGCUAGCUACAAUAUAUGUGUGUGCGAGCGGUGGUGCUCUUGUUGUACACAAUGGACAAAAAACACUAAAAGGCAAUAAAGAUGACUAUUGAAAAAACAUCUCCAAAGAAAA